AUGAGCGGGGAGCCUCUGCUGCCGUAUCACACGGCCGAAAGCGGCCCCGGAGUGGGCCUGUUCACCACCACCAUGGGGAAGCUGCAGCGGCAACUGCAGACGGGCGAAUACAACAUAUUCAAGGACGCACCCAUAUUCGAGAGUGACUUUAUCCAGAUCACCAAGAGGGGAGAAGUGAUCGACGUGCACAACCGUGUCCGCAUGGUGACCGUGGGCAUCGCGUCCACCAGCCCCAUCCUCCCGCUCCCAGACGUCAUGCUGCUGGCCCGACCGGCCACCAGGUGUAAAGAGCACGCCGGGCGCAGCCAGGCCACCAAGGGGAAGGGCCGCAAGGCUGCAAAGACCUUAGAGCUCACCAGGCUCCUUCCCUUGAAGUUCGUGAGGAUCUCCAUUCAAGAUCGCGAGAAACAGCAGCUGCGCCUGAAGUUCGCCACUGGCCGCUCCUGCUACCUGCAGCUGUGUCCCCCUCGGGACAUGCGGGAAGACCUCUUUGUCUAUUGGGAAAAACUGAUUUACCUCCUGCGACCACCGGUGGACAGUCAGAGCAGCACCUAUGCCAUUCCAGCCAGGGACAUGCUGUGCAUGCCUGUGUUCAAGGAGGAGGACAGGAGGAGCCCAGCGGCUGCAGAUUUCCAAGGCAAGGGGGAUCAGGACCAGGUGAGCAUCCGGAGCCUCCACGUGGGCUCUGAGGUGGCCGAGGCCACCUCCGCAGCUUUUGCUGGGGGGGAGGGCAUCCAACUGGACUCCUACACACCCGACACCGGGCCCGAUGCGGCCACUGCAAACGCACAACCUACAGAGCUUGCCGCAGGGUCAGCAGUGGGGGCAACGACAGAGCUGGAGGCAGCAGAGGGGGCAGCAGGCGCCAAAGCGGGUGCUUUGAGCGUGGCAGUGACUGAGUCCACGGCCCCUGAAGAGCAGAGCACGGCCAUCGCAGCCACAGCCGUCCAGGGACCGGGAGGAAGCCAAACCAACGCAGCCACUGCGGACGCUGCCAAAACAUCCCUGAGGAGCAGGAAAAGGGCCCCGGCAGGUGGGGCGCACACGGUGGAGUAUGCCUCCAGCGUGUCCACCAGCCCCUCCCCGGAGGCCAGCUCCACUGCGGUCAGAGCAGAACCUACCAGCAGGACUGGCAAAGGAACAGCCGACAAGGAGGACGAGGGGAACCUCAUCUCAACCUUGCCGCAGGAAGGCCAAGUGAGUGAACAGGAUGGUGCGCCACGGAGAGUGCCCCAGGACCGCAAGCGAAGAAGGGAAAGAAGGGAGCGCCGGGAAAAGGAGAGAGCUCUCAGGAGCUCCCAGCUCCGCAGGGCAGCGGAAAGCCACCCCAAGCCAGGGGGGGACAAGACCAUCCGGAAAGCAACUGGCCGGUCCUCAGGCAGCCGUGGAGCCACAAGAGAUGACAAAAAGGAGAAAGGCCACGGCAGCCCAGGGAACAGCAAACGGGGCACCACGCACAAAGGCAUCAGCCAUGCUCCCAUCACCAAGGAGUCCACGACCUCACACAAAUCAGGUAGGAGCUUAUCUACAGGGAGUUCAGGUUCCUCCCCCAAGAGACUCAGCAGGAUCAGCUCUUUCUUGAGGAACGUCAGAACCAGUCUUACUACGAAGACAGUGGCCACAUAUCGCGAUAAAGAUGUGGCUAUCUUGGCAAAGGCGGCAGAAAGGGCCGGAAUGGAGGCCAUCAUAGAGACAGCAGGGAGUGGCCAGGGGCUGGAAACCACUGUUCAUGUGACAUCUGAGACCAUGGAGGCAGUGACCGUUGAAGCCCAUCAGUAG